UUUAAGUGUCACAUCAGCGCGUUCGCCUAUCACGUGUGUAUGUUUGUUUGAAGUGUGAUCAGCAUUUUGUUUUGUGUCUCGCGUCUAUUUUACUUAACUCGUACACAACGUCAAAAAGAGUUUCAUUUCGGCGUACAAAAUGAAUGACAAAAUCUUCUGCACUGAGGAUGGAUUCGCCGUCAAAACGCUAUUACUGAAUUCGAUGCCGCGAGCCUUUCAAGCCGAUCUUCUCUUUGACUACUUUUCUGUGUUCGGCUCUGUCCAGAGUGCACGGCUUCAUGUCCGUGCCGCCGAUUCGUUUGGAUUUGUGAAAUUCGACGAUGCCAGAGCAGCCGCAAAAGCAUUCACGAUGAAACAUCAUGUGAUUGCUGGCCAUAGCGUAGAAGUGAGAAUUGCUAAGCAUUGCCAUCAAGACGAACCGGCAACGAACGACGAAUUGCGAAUCGAAUUGACCAAUGCCACCGGUACAGAGUUCAUGGAUCUGAACGAUGACUGCCUCCGCAAGAUAUGCACUCAUCUAACGAACAGCGAUUUAUGUUCGUUGGCGGAAUUGUCAGCGAUUUGCAAAAUCAAUCGGCUGGAAGCAGUCACAAACGAAACAUUUUCACGAAAAUACUCGAAGUCGGCUAUUAAAGUAGAUGCAGCCGAUGUCGAUGAGACAGAGCGAUUGUUGGUAAAUUUUGGAUCGCAGAUGUCAUACUUAUCGAUGGAUGGAAGCAAUGAAGACAGCGCAUGUUCUGCUCGUAGAUUUAGGUCGAUAAUUCAAUGUUGUAGCGGAACGUUGGAACGGCUCUAUCUUAGUAAUUACAAGAUUGGCGAAAAUGAGACGAAGACCAUGAGAGCGGUGUUCAGCAAUCUGAAAGAACUGCGGAUAUCCAAUUGUUCUUUUGAAGGUGAUGCUGCAGACUUAUUUGCCAGCUGCACAUCUUUGCAUACUUUACACGUAAACGACAACGUACCAAACAAGGAAGAGAUCUUCCAGCACACAUUUUCCAAUUUAACGAACUUCAUGUGUGGACAUUUGAGCGGCUCGAUCAAUUACAAUUUGGACAUUUUUAUUUCGCGUCACAAGUCGAUGGAACGUAUACAGCUGUUGAGCAAAGAUGAUCACUCCGAUCUACUGCCAAUAAUUGCACAGAAUUGUAGUGAGUUACGAGCAUUGGCGGUCAGCACCAAUGCGGGCAGACGGGGCAGACACAAUUCCAAAACGUAUAGGAGUCUUUCAUCACUGAAGAACUUGGAGAAACUCGUCAUUGCCAAUGAUCCAAAUGCGAUUCGAUUCAUGCAAGAGCUAAGUCAUUUACAGUCAUUGAGAGAACUUGAAUUGGUUCGCAUUUGUUGUGAUAAUGAGAUAGUAACGGCCAUGUCACAUCUGAGCCGGUUAGAAACCCUACGAAUUCUCGGUUGUGUACAGUUCUCAGAUUUAUGUUCACUAGAGCAUUUGAAGCAAUUGAAGGAAUUGUCGAUAACGUCGGAUGUAGUCGUUCAUAUUCCCCUAGUCCAUCUGGUUACCAGCCUGGCUGAUCUAGAGAUACUUGAUCUAAAUGUAAGGAAUUUCUUUAUGAUUGACACAAGACUGCGGUCCAAAAUUGUCAACGCUCGAUCAAAGUCGGGCAGUGCAAAACGUACCCUUAAAAUUGUGUGCUUUGGUAGGACGACGCACAUUCGUUUUUAG